AUGAACAGAUCAAGACACAUGGGCAAGAUCCGGAGGCGACUGGAGGACAUCAAUAACUGGUCCUUCCGACUGGCCAAACUGGAUUUCAGUAACAACAAAAGCGUGCGGCUGGCCACAAACGCCCUCUUAGAUGGCGGGCUCCAGUCCUACCUCAAGGCCUUGGAUGAAGAGGGGGAAGUGGAUUUCCUGUCCACAGAGGAAGCUCAAUACAUCAAGAGGAAUGCACAGGAAUCUUACUACGCUAGCGACAUGCAUGUUGAUGGCGAAGGUGGCCCAAGUCAGAAUAAUGAUGCCAGGUGCCUCCAGUCAGGAACGUACUUCCCUCUCAUCUCUGAGGACAGCAAGCCAGCCCUUCUUCACACAUGGAGCGCGUCAGAGAAGGCCUACCUAAGUGAGUAGUCAAAUGCCACCGUGUAUUUCCAAACAGAGAAGAACAGCAAUAUCCGGACCCUCAUUCGCCACUGCAUCAGCAAGACCAGUCAGGUACUUGCCAUACUGAUGGAUGUGUUCACAGAUGCUGAGAUAUUCUGUGAUGUCUUAGAAGCCGCAAACAAGCAGAGGGUGUUUGUCUACCUGCUGCUGGACCACAGUCACCUGAAGCUCUUCACUGAGAUGUGUGACAAGCUGCAUGUUGCAGAGGGUCAUUUCAAGAAUAUUUCUGUGCGGAGCGUUACUGGGGAGGUUUACUGUGCCAAAUCAGGCCGGAAAUUCUCAGGACAAAUCCAGGAAAAAUUCAUCAUCUCAGACUGGAGAUACGUUCUGUCUGGAUCGUACAGCUUCACGUGGUUGUGUGGCCAAGUCCACCGGAACAUUCUCACCAAGUUCACAGGCCAAGUGGUCGAGCUCUUUGACAAAGAGUUCCGGCACCUCUAUGCCAUGUCCAAGCCCGUAGGAGGCUUGAAGCCUCCAUCGUACAUGUCACUCUUCUGGCACAACAAGAGCACCGCAGUGACCCAAGGCAGCCUCACCAGCAGCAGCAACCAGGGCAGCAUUCACACCCCAUCGGACCCAUUCAGCUCCCUGUCAAACAACAGUGGCUCGCCAAGCAGGCAACUUCCAAAGGCUCCCAUUUAUAGCAACCACCCAAUGUUGACAUCACCUCUCAAAAGAAUCCACAUUUUCCACGGUUACACCACAUACAUGACAACCCCACCACCAAAUGGCAUCCAGGUCAACUACUACCAGAGACAGUACGUCACUGACUCACCGGCGGUCCAUUACAACAACAUUAACAUUUACAGGCCUAGGACAAUUCGGCAAGAGGAUGUCAACAGGACACGAAUGGAUCCCAUCUGGAGGUGUCUUCACAAAGCCAACCUGAUUGGAUGA